AUGAUCAGAAGAUUCUGGACAUUCCAGACUGCAACGGGGCAGGUCGAGGCACGGGUCACCUUAUACUAUCGCCGUCGAGACAUUUCUUCCGCACUUCUAAAAAUUGCCGAUCAAGCGGAACGGAGAUUCGACGAAUAUUAUGAGGAAGAUAAACCAAAGCCGGAGAAGUAUGGUUCAGCUGGUCACACUGUAGCGAACGGAGCUGAUGCGAAGUUGGAGGAGCCUGAAGUAACAGGUACUCUAGACCAAUCUGAGUAUCCAGAGCAUGAUCACAAAAGUGAGGUAAAGGAAGAUGCAGAAUCAGACAAGCGUUUCGAGUGGGGAUCGGCUGGCUUACCCCUCGGUGUUGAAGAACUAGAGGAGGUUCGUCGUCAUAGAAUCAGGCAGCGAGAACUUUUCCUUUCGCGGCAGGUAGAGACUCUUCCUGCCACAUUAAUUCGAGGGAAGUGUCAAGUAACUCUACUUAGUGAGAUUGAAACGGUUUCUAGCUACGAAGGCGAGGAUAAGUUCUUCUACUCUCUGGUGUACGACCCGAGUCAGCUGACACUGCUUGCUGACAAAGGAGCUAUCCGUGUGGGUGAAAAAUAUCAAGCACAAGUGCCUGAAACGAUGGAUUGUGACGACGGAAAGGAGAACGGAGAUGGAGAUGAGUUGAUGAUUGAUGAUGAAGAAGAGCGUAGUGGUAGCGAAAUUCGAGCGUCACAUCGUGCACCAUCAGAGACGGAACGGGAAACACUCGUCUAUCAUCCCCAUCACUCCCUCACGGAUCGAGAUAUGGAUCAGUUCCUCAUUGUCGCUAGAGCUGUUGGAACGUUUUCACGAGCUCUCGAUACUUCCUCGUCGACAAAACUACCGUCUCUACACAUGACGGCAGCCGCUGCUUCGCGCGACGUUACCCUUCUACAUGCGAUGGCGUUGCUUCAUCAAGCUGGUUAUGAUAUUGGUCAGGCGGUAAAGUACCUCGUACCACCACCAAACAAAAAUUAUUAUCCAUUAGAAGCGGAUAAGGCAACUGGACAUAAUACGGUCAGCCUUGGAGGCCCAAUUUUGUGCAGAGAUCAAAUUGAGGAAUGGUCAGCGGCUGAAGCAAAUCUUUUCGAAGAUGCGCUUGAAAAGUAUGGGAAAGACUUCUCAGAUGUACGGGUCGACUUCCUGCCAUGGAAAUCACCACGUGAUAUCGUUGAGUACUAUUACAUGUGGAAAACCACAAAUCGAUAUGUUGAACAAAAAAAGAAGAAAAACGCUGAGCACGAAAGUAAACUCAAGCAGGUCUAUAUUCCUAAUCACGCUAAAACGACUGGUCCUCCAGUGCGAGGAACGGAUCCUUGUGAAGGCUGCAAGCAGCUGAAAGCCCCAUUCACGAUGCGACCGUCGGUGAUGUACAGAAUCGCUCGUCGAGUGUGUCCUCGUUCUCUGUUGAACCUCCGAUUUGCAGCUAGACGACCAACGCAUGAAAUCAAUCUAAGCAGGGUGAAGAACUACUGUUACUCAGUUGAGGCGGCUACGGCAGUGUUGUCAGCUGCUACACAAAUUUACCAGCUGCACAAUAGAACUUUACCGCCCACGUUUUCCCAGAACUUCACAUUACAGGCGGCUCAACACCAUCAACUACAGCAACAAGCUUUGAAAAGGCCGGCGAGCUCUGCUGGGUCAGAACCAGGUGCCAAGCGGGAGAAGUUGGUGAGUUCCGAUUGA